UAUCUUCAGCUACAAAGCAAGAUUGAGGACAGUCCGGGAUCCAUGAGACCUGUCUCAAAAAACAGAAACAAAACGAAACUGAGUUUUUGGUGGCACCCUCUUUGACUUACUGAACACUCACUGGUACAUUCCAUUUGCCAUUUGAUGGGUUCAUUUUAGAGAAAAUCAGACAAAGAACUGAGAAUGAGUCUUUCUCUUCCCCCCAACUUCAGAUCAGACUCACUUCCUCACUCCCCAUCUGUUGUCAGGAGCACUGAUUACUGUUCCUACAUGGCAUUGAUGUUCAUGGAUCAUGGGUGGAAUGAGAGAUCCAGCCAUUUGCUGAUGGCUGUAUCCUCUGUCAUCAGACCAGGAGGCCAUCAGGGAAUGAAUGUUUAUAUGGGCCUUGGCAUUGAGACAUGACGUUAUUUUAUUCUUCCCUCCAGAGAAAAUGGCAGAGAAUCCCCCCAUCUUUCAUCGGUCCAGUCUUUAGGAGACUACAUUCAUUAUACAUAGAGAUGCUGUGGACUGGUGGGUUACGCAUCUACAUCUAACACUGGGGUUGAAUAGUACGAUGCCUGUGGCCUUCUGUGGGAACCUGAAGAAAUUAUUUAACCUUUUCCUUUCCAGAUCUACACCAUGAAAAUGAAUACAGGGAAAGCAAAGCUUUUUAAUCUGCUAAAUAACUGUAUAGUCACUUAACCCAGAGAAGAAGCUGGGCAAAGCUAAUCUGAAUGGCAGAUGACCAAUGUGGUUCUACUUUAAUCUCCACCCCUUCUCACUUUUCCCGAUGGCUGCUGAGAUCCAUUCUUCCAAUAAUGCCUGUUGCUUUUCUCUGGCUUCUUGCCCACGUCUCCAUGCCCUUGUAAUGCACAGCAUGCAAAACUGGGCUCUGUAGCGCUUAGGGUCCAGCCCAUAGCAAGCAGGGAGGAAUGCUUUUCCCUCUCAGCCUGUGAAUACAACCCAACAUCAUCACGCUUGCUUUUAAAUAACAGUAUGUCUCUGGCUCCUGCUCAGUACCUGAUUGCAGGCUCGCUGGAUUUUGUUCCCUAACCGCACAUCCACCACCUUCUCGGUCUUCAUGGGGCUUGUUUUCGAUUCGUUCUCUCUGCAAGUUCUCCUCUGAGGAUUCUCCUCUUUGAAACCUUUCUAGAUGAUCCUGACCUGACUCCAGUUAUUCUUGUCAUUCUAUUAAAAUCAUUUGUCCUCCUUUCCCAACCCUUCUCAGCACUUCUCAGAAUAUUGGGCAAGGGGUUGGGGUAUAGCUCAGAGGCAGAGUUUGCGUGCUUAGCAUGCAUGCCUCUCUGGGUUCAAUUCCCAGCACCUCACACACAUUUUUUUUUUUUUGCUGUUGUUGUUUGGUGAGGGCUCUUGUUUUUGUAUGCUUAUUCAGUUCCCACUGUUAGCAGGGACAGUUUUUUUUUUUUAAUAAGAAAAGGCAUGUAAUAGUUUAAUUCCAUGUCAUGCAUGAUUACAAUGAUGUACAUGCAUGUUAAUUGUUGUGGGCCUGGAUAAUGGUCAUUAAGUGACUGACAGACUUGAUGAUGUUUUGUAUCCCCCUGCCCCCAUGGUGACCUGUGUUCCCUUGAGGUCUCAUGGACAUGGUUCUUAUGUCUGUUGUGCCCAAGGAGUUCAUCUUUGGAUCUGUUUGUUUGUUUUUUUGAGACAGAGUUUCUCUGUGUUGCCCUGGCUCUCCUGGCACUAGCUCUGUAGACCAGGCUGGCCUUGAACUCGCAGAGAUCUACCUGCCUCUGUCUCCUCAAUGCUGGGAUUAAAGAGGUACACCACCAUCGCCUGUCUCUGAUCUGUUUUUGAAAUAGCCAGAGGACAGAAACAGGCUCAGUUCUAGAGCACACAAGUCUUACAGAAGUUCUACCACAAACAACCCGUUAUUCAACCAUGGCCCGCUCUGGAUCCAAAGUAUAACUUAAAUCCAGAUCAGGAAAUUAGGAUGCUGGUCUUUAUCCCUUGGCAGACAUCUGGGCACUUUAAUUUCUUGCUUUACUAUAGAAAUAAAAAGAAUGUUAUUAGGCCAGUGACUCACUCUUCUUUUUUUUUUUCCUGUACUUUUGAGUGGUAGCUCAUUGUCAUUGUGUCUACUUGAAAUAUUCUCAAUAAGAGCCAAGUUUUUCAGCUUGUCCUUGUCUUUCAUAUCUUUUUAUUAUUAUCAUUUAUUUUGAAGUACUGGAGAAUGGAUCCCAUGCUUUGUGUGUACUAGGUAAGUGUCAUGCCAGCGAGCUAUAACCAAGCCUCGUUUUUUGCUGUGUGCAUAUGCUUUGUUACAUUGAGAGUACAUUCGUCUCAAAGGUCCCUAUCUGGCCAGGCUCAAGAGGCAUGAAGAGAGCUAUGGAUAUGGAGAGGAGUGAUUAGCUGGUUAUAAUGCAGAUGCCUGACUCCCACUAGAGACACCUAAGCAGGUCCAGGGGUCACAUUUCCUGUUUCUUCCUCGCCAAGGCAAGUGAAGCUUUAAGAAUGCUUUGUCAUUUCUGGGCCAUUGAUAAAAGUCACAGAUGUUCAUGAAGUUUCAUUAGGGGAUAUGCAAUACAGAGAAUCGUGUUCUCUGCCCUGUCCCAAGGAAGACCCAUGCCGUCAAGGACAGAUGCCCAGAACAUUGAGGACUGGCAAGAUGGCUCAGCAGGGAAAGGCGCUUGCUGCUAAGCCUGUUGACUUGGAUUCAAUCUCUGGGACUCAUAAUGGAAGAAGAGGAGCUACCCCUGCAAGUGGUCUUCUGAUCACACGAAGUGAAGAGAUGCAAUCAAAAUCUCCAUUUCAUUAGAGAAUGUGACAUGCCUGGGGGAACUGGGAAGAAACGACCUCCAUUUUAAAGGUUCAUAGUGAAAAAUUCUCCUUUUGUGUUGGACUGGAAGUUGAGUUUCUUUAGACAGAGGACUGAGACUGGAUUCAAAGUACUAUCUUCCUCCUGGCCUGCCCUCCAUGUCCGGGAGCUAUCGUCAUCUUCAAGUUACAGAUGCACAUGUUGAAUGGAGCUCUCCUGGCAUUGCUGUUCCCUGUGGUAAAUACCCGGCUGCUCCCCUUUGAACUGGAGAUUUACUACAUCCAGCAUGUUAUGCUCUACGUGGUCCCCAUAUACCUGCUUUGGAAAGGAGGUGCUUACACCCCAGAGCCCCUCAGCAGUUUCCGGUGGGCUCUUCUCUCGACGGGUCUCAUGUUCUUUUACCACUUCAGCAUCCUGCAGAUCCUCGGCCUGGUCACCGAAGUGAAUUUGAACAACAUGCUGUGUCCGGCCAUCUCAGACCCAUUCUACGGCCCCUGGUAUCGCAUCUGGGCCUCGGGACACCAGACUCUCAUGACCAUGACCCACGGGAAGCUGGUCAUCCUGUUCUCAUACAUGGCUGGGCCCUUGUGUAAAUAUCUGCUGGAUUUGCUCCGGCUUCCAGCCAAGAAAAUAGACUGAAGGUGCUUGGAUUUUUGUUUUGUUUAAUUUUGUUUGUUUUUUGUUUUUUUGUUUUCUUGUUUUGGUUUGUUUCUCCCUGAGGAAGCAAGUCCUGACUUGAUUCAGAGAACACCCAGUUCUUGACAAAAUCAUUGGAGAGGGCAGUAGGAUGCUUGGUGUAUUUACUUUUUUCCUCCUCUCUGUCCCUUUCUUCCAUUACUCUUCCCUCCCCAGCUCCUCCCCAUGGAUGGCUCUUCGUGCCCAGGCAUAGUUCUGGGGGCUGGCACUUACGCCCUUUCAUCCAUCCCUUGGUCUCUUGGUCCCUCCUGUGCCCCACUCCCUCUGCGUGGCCUUCCGCAGGGAAAUGGUAGUCAGCGGGCCCCUCUCACUGCUUGUUGGUGCUUUUGACAACAGCUAGUUGAAGAAGCAGGGAACAACAUGCAGUCAUUAGUUCUUCCAGUAUCCCAGCAAUGAAAUAGUGUUGGGUUCAUUUCUCCACUGCCAGGGACCUCCAGGCUCAUGCUGGGAUCCCCUUUUAUCUCCAGCAUAGCCUCCACCAGAAGGGGACCAAGACCUUGUUUCUAUACCAGCUGCAAGCCCAGAGCCAAGGGACUUCCCAGAUCACAGCCAAAAUAGAUUCUUCCAGUGACGGGUAUCCCAUGACUCAAAGCAGGGAGCCACCCAGCCGCUCCUUCUAGGGUGCUGCCUGGGGUGGCAGGUGAUAGCAAUGUGCAGCCCAAGGGCAUGAUUGUGUAGAGGGCUGCUGGAGAUCUGUUGCCACAGUGAGGCUAAAGAGGGUGAAGGUGUGCACAGUACCAGGCAGGACACCCCCUCCCCAACCCAAAACAAAAACAAACAAACAAACAAACAAACAAAAAAACCCUUCCCUGUGAAAGCUGAGAACAGAUCCACAUCCCAAUCUGAAGUGAGCAUAGAGAUUUAGACAGGAACUAAGUCGAGGGGCAACUUGAGAAAGCUGUGAUCGGAAUCACACCGCUGUCCUGUCGAUAACCGGCAACGUUCUAGUCUCAGCUGCCCCCGUGAACCAUCCUCAUCGUCUCUGUAUGUGUUUAUCUGUGUCUCUUUGUCUGAGGCCGCUUCAUGGGAGAGGGAGCUGGGGUUGGCCGUGGGUGCUGUUUGCCUGUUUGUAUUUUAGAUGUUUGAAAUGGGGUAAACCCUUGCAUUUCGGGAAGGUACUCUAGAGACAUUCCUGGUACUUAGAGGACGUGGCCACAGCUCCUAAAGGCAGUUUCCUUAGGGUUAGAUUUCUUUCACGUAGCUAGACUCUGCUCCAAGUGCUCAGUGUGGGGGAAACGUCACUGGUUUUGCAGGUUGACAAUGUCCAAAGCCCAGGCGUAGGUUGAAAGGGAACUGCCAAUGGGUCAGGUCCGCAUAGGUAGAGGUUCAAGUGUUCUUUGGUUGAAAGGUACUUAGUGGUGUGUGGCUGCGCAUUUACUGACUCCUUGUUGACUUCUAGUAGGAGGCGGUUUGCUUAAGCGUAGAACAGUUUGUACCUCGACCACCCCAUUGCCUUGUUCUAGUUGCAGUAUUCAAUGUGAGUUUGUGGGUAUUAGGCCUAACCUGAGCUUCAGUGCCUCAGUGGCCAUGAUUUUAUGAAGUGGACUUGCAGGGGAAGCAGCGGCAGGAGAAUCUGCUGGAGCAAAUGGAAAGUAAGGGAAGCAUCUCUGGGGACGGCUACUUGCCCAUGAGGUGAUGGACUCUGAGAUACAGAGAGCAGGAAAGGGAGAGCUCUUAGUGCGCUGGCCCCCUUGAGCUCCUGCCGGGCGGGGCUCUUCCUCCUCUCACCUUCUUGCUGGGCUCUAGAAAUGCUUCUUCAGUUGCUCAUCUGCCCCCACCCCCUCAGAGGAGUCGAUGGAUGAAGAGAAUGUGAGAGCCUCCCUGGCUCUGGGCCUCCCUCUAAAAGAAGAAUGUGGAAAGAGGUCAUGGGAGGGAAGCCUAUGAGGGCCUGCCUUGGCCUCUGCCACAACAUGGAGCUGCUUCCUGCAGUGAUGCAGGGCCUCCGCUGAGGGAGCCACCUCCAGCAUGCCACAGAGGUGGGAGCGCCACGCAGGCUUCUUCCCUAUCUGAGGCACCACCGUGGCCCAGAUUGCCAGGCAUCCUGGGCUUUCCCUGCAUUGGCAUGCCUCCAGGAGCUUGCCUCUGCUUUGGCACCAGCUCAGCAGACCCAUUUCUGGUAGGCUUUUCUGGUGCUCAGAGGGAGAGAAGAAAUUCCAAACCCUGUUGUCUGGCUUGGCCAGGCCAGAGUCAGCCACAGCUGUCAAGAAGGGGGAAAGAAAGGGGGGAAUGCAGGGGGCCUAGGUUUGCUCACAUGUAAAGAAGUUAAAGAAGCAGAUGAUGGCCCCUUCAACAGACUCCGUAGGGAGUCUUGGCCUGGGUUUGAGGUGUUGGGGAGCAGGGGACCUCUUCAUUGUAUCUCACUCUCACCUUGGUCCAAACCCACAUGGAAAGUGGUAACCUGCCUAGGCACUAAGCACUUUGACUUGGGAGUUGCCCCCCAGGUAUGCCAACAGCCUGCCUGAUGGUAGAGACUAUCUGUGGUACCAGGGACAAAGGAGAAGACAGUUUGCACUGACUCUGAAGGGCCAGGCCUUUCUUGUCCCUAUGAAGGCUGUUCCUUAGCUACCUUGGCCAAAGUUCCGUGUGCAGUCUACCAGCGUGUGUGAGCUCAGUGUCUGUGUGAGAGUACUCAUAGAGGUGGCCAGUUUCUUCGUGAUAGUCCCGGCAAGAGAGAACGAACAGUGCAUCCUCAAGUCCUCGACGUCUAUGGUCAAGGGGCUGUGCCAACAAGAACAGUUGGCUACACUGGACAAUUUGUGGCAGCCACUCUGAGCAACAGAGGUUGUCUUGCUUCCUGAAAGGUCCUUCCCGCCCCCCAGUAUUUGGUUUUGUAUAAGACUUGGCCCAACAUCCUCUCAGAAGCCUAGCAGCAAGUACUUCUGUCGUCCUGUGAUGCACUGUGGGGCUCUGGAGCCACCACCUCCACCUCUCCUGAGUCUGCCUUCUGUCUGUCUGUGGACUUCUGUACCUGUGGCUUUACAGGGUCGAAGUGGGCUACGUGGGGUCGGCCAUGCUCUUUAUGCCGUGCUGCUCUAGAGUGCCCGUCCGAUGGUCCCUUUUGCUGGAGCCUCUGGUUUGCUGUGUGUGGUCGUGGAGGACUCAGUGUUUUUGUGUGUAAUUACCAGCUUCACAGAUAGCUCAAUGUCAGCAGGGCUCUACACAGGGGAACUGGGGUUAGGUAAUGCUCUGAGUUGUGUUGAACUGGGUGUUCAGGAGAUGCCAAGGGCCCUUUGAACCCUCCAGCUGCCAAAUAGACUUCCCUAGGAUUCUGUCACCUGCCUUGUCUGGGAGAGGACUUUCUUAACAGUUUCUACUGGAAGGGAGACUUGUGGGGAGGGAUAGGGGGCCUUCUGACACUCGAGGACAGGACACUGCUGCUGGUUUGAGCGAGCCAGGACCGGGCCUCCCAGGCCACCUGGGAAGGCCCAAGACUGGGAAGGAGUGUCCUGAGUCUUCUCCUGGCCUUGCCCUCUCUGAGGUAGGAGUCCACGAGGGGAGUCAGUCUUCCUCUGGCGUACACAACUGCAGGAAGACCGAGGCACUUGCCAUGGCCCUUGUCUGAGACACUUUUGUCCACUGAUUUGCUACUCGGGCCACUAAACCGACCCCUACCCCCCACUCAAUGAUAAACAAAUCAAAAACAAAUGUCGUCUUAAGCAGAAAUGAUGUUUUGGAAACUCUUGAUUCAUUUUAGUGUCAACGCUAUAUUAGAUUUUAAAGCAUUCUUCAUUUAUUUGAUGCAAUUGUAGUGAAGAGAACGGAAUUGAAUGAUGUACAAUUAUUCCUUCUGGGACACUGGUGAACGCCUCUUCCUCCAUCCUUCUUCCCAUGCUGAGACUGCCAUGUACUGUCCCCCUCAUGUGUAAGGCUCCCUUGAGAGCCAAUCUCUGAACUCCCUAGAUGGCAGCAAGAUCGAGCCUCUUUGUUAGGCUGCUUCUGGGGUGUUCUUUACUCCCCCACCUCCAGUCUACCUCCCCUCUUUGGGGGUUUUUGUAAUGUGUUUUCUCUGUUUUGUAAAACCCCUUUGAUUGUACUGAAGUGGUUUCUGCAGCCACCUUUGGAAAUAAAUGGUCCUUAAUUUGUGUACUUAGCAUUUUGAAUCUUAGCCUCAGGUGUUUCUGCUGUUGAAGAUCCCUGAAUGAAAAGGAACCCUCCCCAUGGGACUUAUUGUUAUAAUGUUUUCUUCAUUUACUGUUAUUAAAAGAUUUAUGAGAA